GCAAUCAUGGGGUCCACAGACGCGCCUUUCUAUUGCCCGACGACGAGCACGAGACUCGAAGGCAAGACUCUUAUCGUUCCUGUCGUGACCGUCGCGAACUUGCCUCAACUCGCGGCUGACCUCCUCAUUGCGACCUUCGCUCUCAAGCGCAUCGGGCUGUUUGACCCGCGCGAUGUUAUACCAGUGGUCGGAGCGAGGGAAGAUGGCGAACCUGGCUUGACCUUACCGCUGGAGUUGUACGGCAAGGACAAUUUUGAUGUCGUUAUUCUCCAGCAAAGGUCACCCGCGUUGAAGUCACGAAAACAAAAUUUCGUGGACUCAAUCUUGGAGUUCAUCAGGUCAUCCAAUUUCAGGGCCGUUUUGUUCAUGUGUGGCGUGGACAUGAGCAACCGCACGGAUGCACAAAUGAUGACUCCGAUCUUCCACAUUCAGCCCACAAACACCCCCGCCCUUGAAGGUAGUCCACUCUCAACGAUCAAAGCGCUCCAAAUUCCUGCGUAUACGACGCCCUCUACGACAUCUCAUUCUUCCAAGGAAACACAAGCACCGUCUGCGUCAUCUGCGGACGACGUGCCUUUCAUGCCCGGCGGCGGACUUUCUAGGCGCAUCCUGUCGUCCAUCUCGAAGGCAUCGACCUCGGAUACGCCAGCGUGGAGCACGCCCGUUGCUGCGCUGGUACAGUUUGUUCUCGAAGGAGACAAUAGGUUCGAUGCCGGCUUGAUGGCCACUGCCGCCACUCGUGUAUUGGGAGGAGCAGCGGAAGAAAUUGUGAAAGCACAGGGGGGCUUCAAGGAGCCGACGAGCUGGCGUCAAGGACUGUUCGGCACACCUCACGAUCAGACGCUCUACGGAUGA